AUGAAACCAAAUGACAAAAAAGAGUUUCUAAAGUUUGUAUCGUCUGUAAAGUUUCCCGUUGGGUAUGCUUCUAAUAUCGCAUGUUGCUUGAAUGUUGACGGGAGUAAAUUUACUAGACUUAAGAGCCAUGACUGCCAUGUGUUUAUGCAACGCCUACUCCCUGUGAGUAUUCGACACAUAUUGCUGGAAGAUACAGUGAAGGCAAUCAUGUUGUUGUCUAGAUUUUUUUCCCAACUGACGGCAAAAACAUUGCAAAAGACAGACAUGUUUCAAUUGCGCCAUGACAUUGUCCAACUCCUAUGCAAGUUUGAGAUGAUAUUCCCUCCAGCUUUCUUCAUAAGUAUGAUCCACGUGAUGAUUCACUUGCCAGAAAAGACAUUGCUUGCUGGUCCUGUCAAUUAUUGCUGGAUGUAUCUAAUAGAAAGGGCGAAGCCCGAAAGAUCAACUAUAGAAGAGGCAUUGCUUGCUGAAAAAAAGUGUACGCAACAGGACGAAGCCCGAAGGAUCAAUUAUAGAGAUGUGGAGACGGCUUUCAAUCGUCCUCAGCGCACUAAUGACGGACGUAUGAGAAAUGAAAAACUUUCUAUUUUUGCCCAAAGCACACGACACUUUGGAGAUCCUAGACGAGGAAAGUCAUUUUCUAGAAAUGACAUGGAGGUGAAUAAGUUGAAAGCAUCGAAUUCCCCCACUUACAGUGAUGAGUUAUAUAACUUGGCGUUCGACUCGAUUUGCGCUGAAUUGUUCUCGGGUUGUCAUGUUAACGGCAUCAAGUUUUUGGGGACUGCACGAGAUGACAAGUUGUGUAUGCAAAACAGCGGUGUUCAUGUCCCAGGUGGAGGCAAAAGUACGGACAUUGAUUUCUGUGGCAAACUCGCAACUGUCGUGCAAUUGCUUUACAAAGACCAAUACCAAGUGAUCAUGUUUAAGUGUCGAUGGUUUGAUACCAAUCCAAAUAGGCCAGGAAGUGUUAAAAUCGACAAAGGCUUACUAUCUGUGAACAUUAACAGAACUUGGUAUGAUGACGACCCUUACAUUUUGGCAAACAUGGCAACACAGAUUGUGUAUCUAGAUGACCCUAAAGCCGGGAGCGGUUGGAAAGUUGUUCAGAAGAUGGAUCAUAGGAAUGUGUAUGCUAUACCGGAACUAGACGAAACUGACAACAACGUCUACAAUGUGGCUGACCAACAUUUAGAAUCUUCAAUGGAAAAUGAUGUGGAAACACUUUGA